AUGUAUAAAGUCCUUAUGAACAAAGACAAUGGGGAGGGCGUCCCAUCGGUUACUAGGGAUGCUGUUCUUUUGCUCAGUCAGUUGGUCCGGAAGGGGUGGGGCCAGGCUCAGCAGCCAUCACCCUCGUGGCUGGCGGUGUACGACGACGCACACAUGGGGUCGUCUGUGUCCAAGGCUGCCCUCGGGGCCACCACGGAUGAGUUCAUGGAACCGGAGCCGAAACACCUAGCUGAUCUAAUACAGUACAUAAAUGAAACAAAUAUGAGUGUUAAAGGCCUGGCUGAUGUUCUUUCUGAGAAAACUAGGAGCAGCAGCUGGGUAGUGGUGUUCAAAGCCCUGGUUACUGUGCAUCACCUUAUGGUGCAUGGAAAUGAGCGUUUUAUCAAACAUCUUGCAUCUAGAGACUCUUUGUUCACUUUACACAACUUCCUGGAUAAAAGUGUCACAGAAGGCCCUACUAUGUCAACUUUCAUCAGACAGUAUAGCAGGUACUUGAAUGAAAAGUCACUCGCAUAUAGACUGAUCUCAUCUGACAUCACCAAAACCAAGAGAGGGAUGGAUGGUAUGAUGAGAACUAUGAAUACUAAAGAGUUGCUCAACACACUUCCAGUAAUUCAAAUUCAGUUUGAUGCUCUUCUUAAUUUUAAUGCAAAUCCUGAUGAACUAACUAAUGGUAUAAUACAUGCUGCUUUCAUGCUUCUCUUUAAGGAUUCUCUUUGCCUCUUUGCAGCCUAUAAUGAGGGAAUCCUUAAUCUUCUAGGCAAGUUUUUUGACAUGAGGAAAAGCCAAUGUGAGGCAAGUUUGGAUAUCUACAUCAAGUUCCUUGAUAGAACAACCAAAUUAGCACAGUUUCUGAAAGUUGCAGAGGAAGUUGGAAUUGACCAAAACAACAUUCCAUAUAUUACUCAGGGAAGAUUUCCUGAUAGACCCCUGGCCACUGAAACCUUAAACAUUUUACUGAUGUAG